AUGGUGCCAAAAGUGCAUUUGUGAAAAUAGUAAGAAUGAGUAUUUAGGCUAUAAUGAUUGUUUUGCCUUAAACAUCAUUUACAUGUUGACAUGCCACAUUUAGAGGUAGCCUAUAGCCUAACUGUCUUUUUAUUGACCAGAAAGAAGCUAUAGCUAUACUUACACAUGUCUGUCUUACACUGUAAGACAUGUUAAUAAUAGGUUGGGUGGCAGGUAGUUUAGUGGUUAAGAGUGUUGUGCCAGUAACCGUAAAGGUUGCUGGUUCUAAUCCCUGAGCCGACUAGGUGAAAAAUCUGUCAAUGUGCCCUUGAGCAAGAUACUUAACCCUAAUUGCUCCUGCAAGUCGCUCUGGAUAAGAGCGUCUGCUAAAUGACUAAAAUAUUUGAUCCAGUGGCGCAACUUUAGUUUUAGAAGUGGCGGGGACAUAUUAUAUAUAUAUUUUUUUAAUCCAGUCGGAUAAAUUUUAUUUAUUUAUUUUUAGUUAUUUAGCAGACGCUCUUUUCCAGAGCGACUUACAGUUAGUGAGUGCAUACAUUAUUUUAUUUUUUCAUACUGGCCCCCCGUGGGAAACGAACCCACAACCCUGGCGCUUGCAAACGCCAUGCUCUACCAACUGAGCUACAUCCCUGCCGGCCAUUCCCUCCCCUACCCUGGACGACGCUGGGCCAAUUGUGCACCGCCCCAUGGGUCUCCCGGACGCGGCCGGCUACGACAGAGCCUGGAUUCGAACCAGGAUCUCUAGUGGCACAGCUAGCACUGCGAUGCAGUGCCUUAGACCACUGCGCCACUCGAUAAACACUCCAAAGAGCCUACCCGACCACUCGGAGGCGUCCGCAUGGUCCUAAAGCACACCGUUGCCUCGUUUUGUAUCACAUUCCAAUGAUAAAACUGGGGGGGACAAAAAUGCAAUUUCUGAAUAUGGGAGGGGACAUGUCCCCCCCUGUCCCCAGUGAAAGUUGCGCCCCUGGUUUGAUCAACUCCUUAUCAUUUAUGUUAGUUCACAAUAUCGACUAGCCGGUGCCCCCGCACAUUGACUCUGUACCGGUACCCCCCUGUAUAUAGCCUUCCUACUGUUAUUUUAUUUUACUGCUGCUCUUUAGCUAUUUGCUUUUAUUUUCAAUUUUUCUUUAAUUAACACUUUUUUAUUUUACAUUUUUCGUUAAAAAACGGCAUUGUUGGUUAAGGGCUUGUAAGUAAGCAUUUCACUGUAAUGUCUACACCUGCUGUAUUCGGCGUAUGUGGCAAAUACAUUUUUAUUUUAUUUUAUAUCCAGGGGUAAACUGGGACUUUAAACCCUGCACACAAUACUGACAGGACUGUUGAAGCACAUGUGACACUGAAGGUGGUUGUUUCCAGUGGUGGUCUCAAGGGCACUCUUUAAGUGAUGAGUUGAGUUGACACUGCCGUGUGUAGAUUUGAUUAAUGCACGUGUCAGAUGUUUCCCCUAGACUGUGUCUUUAGAAGGGGGGAAGUUUCCCAAAACACCAUCAUCUGACACAAGAUGUAACUAUCCCUUGUUAUGUCUCAGACACUUGCAGUACAGCAUACUUUUAAACGUUCCUUUUGUCAUUUCCCCAGGUGAUUCAGUGUGCUGUCAUAACAAGGCUGGUGGUCUCCCAAGUAGAGGAAGAGAUGGAGAAAGAUACAGAAACAGAGAUGGAGGGAGAGACAGAGGGAGGUGAGAGCGGACAGCGUUCACAAGCACCCAGCUAGUGGAGCAAGAGGAGGAGUUCCUACCUGUGUCCACCCCGCAGGCUGGAGAUGGCUCCAGGCCUGAGGCUCACCGACCGGUAGAUCAAGAUCUGGUUCCAGAACCGACGCAUGAAAUACAAGAAGGACCAUAAGGAGGACAGAGUCAUAGAGAACAGAGUCAUAGAGAACAGAGUCAUAGAGAACAGUCAUAGAGAACAAAGUCAUAGAGAACAGUCAGAGAGAACAGAGUCAUAGAGAACAGAGUGAUAGAGAACAAAGUCAUAGAGAACAGUCAUAGAGAACAGAGUCAUAGAGAACAGUCAUAGAGAACAAAGUCAUAGAGAACAGUCAUAGAGAACAGAGUCAUAGAGAACAGUCAUAGAGAACAGAGUCAUAGAGAACAGUCAUAGAGGACAGUCAUAGAGGACAGAGUCAUAGAGAACAGAGUCAUAGAGAACAGAGUCAUAGAGAACAGUCAUAGAGGACAGAGUCAUAGAGAACAGAGUGAUAGAGAACAGAGUCAUAGAGAACAGAGUGAUAGAGAACAGAGUCAUAGAGAACAGAGUGAUAGAGAACAGAGUGAUAGAGAACAGAGUGAUAGAGAACAGAGUGAUAGAGAACAGAGUGAUAGAGAACAGAGUCAUAGAGAACAGAGUGAUAGAGAACAGAGUGAUAGAGAACAGAGUGAUAGAGAACAGGGUGAUAGAGAACAGAGUCAUAGAGAACAGAGUGAUAGAGAACAGAGUGAUAGAGGACAGAAUCAUAGAGAACAGAGUGAUAGAGACUGAGCCGCCAUCACCAUCCUACUCUACCACCACACACAUGUUGUCCUCCCUCAGUCCAAGGUCCUCUGGUGGACUUGGGUACUCAGGAUUCAGAAGUGCUUGUCUG